AUGUCUGAAUAUUUAUCAAAAGCAGCAGCGUUUGCUCAGAAUGCUGCAAAGCUGUCGAAAAAGGUAUCCGAAGGUAUAGUUGAAAAUGCGCGCGAGUUUGGGCUAGAAGCAACUUCCUCGGGACAUUAUUUUGAUACUUCGGAGGAAAAAAUGCGCGAUAUUAAACGACAAUUAGACUCGAGACAUGAUCGCGAAAAAAUGGAUGGAUUAAAAAGAUUAAUUGCGAUGAUUUCAAAGGGUCGCGAUGUGUCCGAGUUCUUUCCAGAUGUUGUAAAGAAUGUGGCAUCUCAGAAUCUCGAAAUUAGGAAACUUGUUUAUAUAUAUUUGCUUCGAUAUGCUGAACAAGAACCUGAUCUUGCGUUGCUGUCGAUUAAUACAUUUCAAAGAGAUUUGACUGACCAAAAUCAGUUGAUAAGAGCAAUGGCUUUACGAGUAAUGUCUGGCAUUCGGGUUCCUGUCAUUAGUCCAAUAGUAUUGUUAGCAAUCAAAAAGUGUAUGACUGAUUUAUCUGCCUAUGUAAGGAAGACCGCCGCACAUGCUAUUCCAAAAUGUUAUAGUCUUGAUCCAUCGCAAAAAGACGCAUUGGUCGAUGUCAUUACUACUCUUCUUAAUGAUAAUUCACCGUUUACAAUUGGUAGUGUAAUAACAGCUUUUAAUGAAGUGUGUCCUGACCGUUUAGAUUUAAUACAUCUACAUUACCGAAAACUUUGUCGGAUGUUAAUUGAUGCGGAUGAAUGGGGCCAAAUUGCCAUUAUGGGCUUACUGUUACGAUAUGCAAGGACACAAUUUUUAAAUCCAAAUCCAGAUAACAAUCGGGUUUCUCAAAAGAAAAAGUCGAAGGCAUUUUAUUCUGAUGAAGAUUCCGACGAUUCGGAUAACUCCCUUGACAAUUCUUAUGCUCUUGACCCAGAUCAUGAACAAUUACUAAGAGAUUCUUUACCCCUCUUGCAGAGUAGAAAUAGUGCAGUAGUAUUAUCAGUUGCAAAAAUUUUCUAUCAUUUAGCACCAACAGCGGAUGCAUACAAAAUAAGCAAACCGCUAAUUAGGCUGCUACAUAGCCAUCGAGAAAUUCAAUAUGUCGUACUGGCUAAUAUCGCCACAAUGGCAACACAGCGACCUUAUCUUUUUGAACCCCAUUUACAACAAUUUUUCGUACGAUCAACAGACGCUGUUUUCAUUCGUAAUUUAAAAAUGGAAAUUAUGACAUUAGUUGCGACCGAAAGCAAUAUAACCGGAAUACUUAGAGAAUUACAGGUUUAUCCUAAUAAAGAUUUUGCGACUUCUGCAAUUCGAGCUAUUGGUCGAUGUGCAAUAGGAAUGCCAGAUAUGGCUGAAAGUUGCCUUAACGGCUUAAUGAAAUUAUUGUGGAGCAAGAAUGAUGCUGUCGUUGCAGAAUCAGUUGUAGUAAUAAAGAGGCUCUUACAAUUACGCCCCAAAGAUAAUGCAGAUAUGAUAAUACAACUUGCUAAGGCUCUAGAUCAUAUAACGGUGCCAAUGGCCAGAGCAAGUAUAUUUUGGCUUGUUGGUCAAUAUUCACAAAAUUUAGAGAAAGUUGCUCCGGAUAUAUUAAGAAAAGCUGCAAAAACAUUUACAGCUGAGGCAGAUGUAGUGAAAUUGCAAAUUAUCAACCUUGGUGCCAAGCUCUUGUCACUUCAUUCCACAGACCAUACACUGAACCUUUUAUUCCAGUACGUUCUUAAUCUCGCUAGAUAUGAUCUUAAUUAUGAUAUCAGAGAUCGAGCAAGACUUCUCAGAGGCUUGAUUUUAAUAAACGAGAAAAAAGAUACCCACAUGAAUAAUAUGGGAGUGGAGGGUGUUGAAGAAGUAAUGCGGUCAGAAGAGUCGAGUAAAAGCACUAUAUUGAUGAACAAUUUGAAACGAAUACUUUUAUGUGAAAAGGAGGCGCCUUCGGAAGAAAGUCCAUCUGUGGGAAGAGACAGAUUCAUUAUAGGAUCCAUGUCACUUGUCUUAAAUUACUCUGUACCUGGAUAUAAAUCCUUACCUGAUUGGCCAACUAAAAAACCAGACGGCUCCGUCAGAGACAAUUUGGAUGAUACAUGGAAUAGAAACCAAUACAUCAAAGGAUUCGGAAGUGAUUCAUUUGGGCAGUUUGUUCCGUCGUCAACUUAUGAUAAACUCCCUGUUAAACAACGUAAUGAGACAUAUGAUUCUGAAAAUUUCUACGACUUUUAUGAAUCAUCUGAUGAUAAUAAAAAUCAUGAUGAAAAGACAGAAGAAAGCUCGGAAGCAGAAACUUCAGAGGAAGAGUAA